GAUUUUGAUUUCAUCUCUCUCUUGCCGUGGCUUGACCACUUCUGGCUGCCUCCGUCUCUCUUCCUUCCUCAGCUAUCGCCCACCGAAGAGCGCUGAUCUGAGGUAUCGCCAUGAAACGGGGCAAGUCGAAGGUGGAUGCACCCAAGAAGGCCGAUGGCAGGCUUUCCGUAAAGAAGGGACCGGAACGAACGGGUAAGAAGCCCAGGAAGACGAAGGCCGACAAGGAUCCCAACAAGCCCAAGAGGCCCCCCAGUGCCUUCUUCGUCUUCAUGGAGGAAUUCAGGAAGUCGUUCAAGGAAAAGAACCCCAACAACAAGUCGGUCUCUGUGGUUGGUAAAGCUGCAGGAGACAAGUGGAAAUCCCUGUCGGAAGCCGAGAAGGCUCCUUAUGUCGCCAAGGCAGCUAAGUUUAAGACGGAGUACACCAAGAAAUUAGCUUCCUAUAAUAAGAACCAAUCUGGUGGAGGAAGCCAUGAUGCUGAUGAUGAAGACGAGUCUGACAAAUCCAGCUCUGAGGUGAAUGAUGAUGAUGAAGAAGGAAGUGGAGAGGAAGAAGAGGAUGAUGAAUGAGUGAAUUAUAAGCAAAGUGCAGUGUAAUGGGAUUCAUUAUCUUGGCUAUCACUAACAUGUACUUGCUUUCUUCAAACUGAAAGCUAAUUUGUUGCCACUUGUUAGUGGACGAGUUUGAUUGACAAGAUGUUAGUGGUAUUUGCUGCCCUAUCUCUAUGGAAUGUAAAGUCUUUGAUUGACAUGGUGCUCAAGCUAAUUAGAUGGCAUUUGCUA